AUGGUAUGGGAUUGGAGACGUUCACUGCUAGCCAAUCAUGUAGACGCGAGCCAGAGAAAAAAGGAGUCUACGUCAUGUCGUGGGUUCGUAAGGUGGAGGAUUCUGUUCACCCCCUUUAAGGAUGAAGGGUACAAAGGAAAUACUGGACUGCCUUUGCUGGUGAAUACAACUUCGGUGUACCUUAAUUGCCACUCCCCCAGAUGGCCAAUCCCGGUGGAUCACCCUAAAGUCGCCAAAAUGAUCACCAGAGCCAAGACGGGUAAGGAAAACAGCAAUAUGAUGCCAGGGUCGCCUGCUGUCAAGGAUAUGUCUAUUGCCCCAGUAAUCCAGGCGGCCUUCAAGUGGAAAACGGUCGAACCGGUUGAUUUGUCUGUUUUGGUUUCUCCAGCAGAUUUUAGUACAGACUCCUCAACACCACGGGCAUUGGACGGAGAUGGUGCUGGACCUUCAGUUGAAGGAGUGUUGUUGGAGGUAAUAGCCAUUGUUGCGUUCGUGAGAAGGCGGUAA